AUGCAAGCAGUCGUCUUCAAAGGACCCCUCCAGGUCGCACUCGAGACCAGACCGGUCCCCCAGAUCCAGGACCCGACCGAUGUUAUCGUCAAGAUCCGCUAUACUGCGCUAUGCGGGAGUGAACUCCACGUCUUCCGCGGCCACCAACCCUCGGGAACAAACUUCAUCAUGGGCCACGAAUUCACCGGCGAGAUCAGCUCCGCCGGCCCGAACGUCCAGAACUUCAAGGCCGGCGACCGAGUCGUCUCCCCCUUCACCGUCUCCUGCGGGACCUGUUUCUACUGCCGGCAGAGCACCUCCUCUCGGUGCGCCAACUGCCAGCUCUACGGCACCGUGCUCCUAGACGGGGCGCAGGCGGACUACGUGCGAGUCCCGUUGGCAGACAGCACGCUGGUGCAUGCGCCGCCGAAAAUCGACGAGAAGAAACUCGUGCUGAUGGCGGAUAUCCUACCGACGGGGUUCUUUGCGGCCCGGAAUGCGUUUAAGGGGGUGGAGGAGGCGGUCGUGCGUGAUAGUACUGUCUUGUUGUUUGGGUGUGGGCCUGUGGGUGUCUGUGCGCUUAUCAACGCGCUGGAGUAUAAGCCCAAGCAUCUUAUCGCUGUGGAUAGUGUUCCUGCGCGCCUGGAGCUGGCGAAGAAGUUAGGUGCUGAGCCGUGGAAUUUCGCGACGGAUGGGGAUGGGUUGAGGAAGCGGGUGAAGGAGUUGACGGAUGGGAGGGGCGCGGAUGUGGCGAUUGAGGUUGUGGGACAUAGCGAUGCGCUGAGGAUGGCGUUUGAGAUGAUCAGGCCCUGGGGGAAGAUCUCGAGUGUUGGCGUGCAUAAUGGGGAGAUUCCGUGGACGGGCAAUGAGGCGUAUGGAAAGAACCUGACGAUCCAGAUGGGACGGUGUCCUGUCCGUAGUAUCUUCGAGGAUGCGCUGGCGCUGCUGGAGAAGAAGCAGGAUGUUCUUGACUUCAUGGCCGCCGAUAUCCGACCGCUGUCGCAGGCGAUCCAGGGCUACGAGGAUUUCAACCAGAUGAAGUCGCAGAAGAUUAUAUUCGAGGGCGGUAAAUAG